CGGGGCACUAGUAUAAUGGAUUUGUUGAUUUCAAGUGUUAGCAGAAAAGAUGAUCUAGCGUCAAUGUUCUGUUUCUUCUUCUGGUAUUAACAAAUUUCUCAAGCUAAGAGAAGCAUUUUUUAAAAAAAAUCUGCUUACAUUUGAGCCUUCUCAACCCUGCCAGUCUUUACAAGCAGUCUUGUAGUGAUAGACUUUAAACAAAGAAUUAAGGGGGCUCAUACACUGCCUUUGUUCUUAAGGAGGCAGAGAUGAAACUCCCCGCCGCUAACGGCUAUCAGCAAAGUGGCAUUUUACUAUGGGGUGUGUGGGGGUGUGUGUGUCGUACUUCGACUUACGAUCGUGCCACGUGUGCACAGAGCUGAAAAGCUCACUUGGAGGCGAUCUCUAGAAAAGGGGAGUGAACACUCGAUUUUUUGUUUGCCCUCGUCUCGUGUGAGACAUGCAGGUUUGGCUGGCUGGAGGCGACACCACUAGGCUGUGCGCAUCUCUCCUCCUCCUUGCAACUGCGACGGGCUUAACUCACUGCAGUGCAAACGGAUUCCUUUAAACAGGGCGCCGGGGAGGAGGGCAUAGCACAGGCUCUGCCGACAGUGGCACCACCGCAAUGAACUGUGUGUGCUGCGGGGUUAGUGGCGUGAAGGCGGCCGGCCCGGGCUGUGCCCCGCCUCCAGCGCGAGCGCAGAGCUGCUUUCCUCUCCCCGCGCGCUGCGUGUUGUUCAGUUAAAGGGACAGUUCCCGUUUGAUGCGCGGGGCUGUGAGCUGGAGAACUAGCGCAGCACCCCAGCGGCGCUGGAGGAGCACGGCAGCCUGCGCGGCCACCCUGCGCUCCCGCCCCCGCCAGCAAUCCCCUCUCCGCCUUUCCUACCGCCCGCCCCUCUCUCCUCUCGCAGCGGCCGAGCGGGGAUGGUGACUCGGUCCCGGGUCAGACCGCUGCUCGCUCUACCCCACAGCCAUCCCCGCCUCCAGCUCUGGCUACCGCCUGGAGCGCCUCCGUGCCCGCGCAGCCGGCCGGCCACCAGCCUCCUCGUCCCCACCCGACACCCCCAACGGAAGGAGACUUCUCCAGCCCCGCCCUUUCCAGCUCCCCAUUCGCGCCAAACGAACGUAUGACGUAUUUUCUGCGUGGCCCGGCCUCCGUCUUCCUUGUUUUCAAACUGAGUGGGCGUGUGUGAUUGGCUGGCGUAGGGGCCACGAGACUAACGGUCGCGGGAAAGCCGCGGAGUCUGAACGGCAAGAGCUGGGCUACCCUGGGCAGCGCUAGCGAGCGGGUCCGCGCGGUGCCUGCGUUGGUGCGGGGUCAGGAGGAGCCUGGAGUGGCGCCUACUCAGUGCCGAUAGUAGCAGCGCCGGGGAGCGGUCAGCGCGGGGCCUGCGGCGUGGGAGCGGCCGGCAGGGAGCCAGGGUGUCGGGGGGCGCGUCUCCCCGUGAGCGGGGCCCGUACGGAGCUGGGAGCGGCCCGGAGCCGCGGUCCCGCCAUGAGCUCUGUGAACCGGCUGCAGGCCGUGCCGCGGCGCCUCUUGGUCCGGCCGGCGGACGCCCCGAUCCGGCAGAAGCUGCUGUUCCCAGCCGGUAGCGACGAGGACGACGACGAGGAGGAAGGGGGUAGCAGCGGCAACAGCACCGGCGAGGACUCCGCUUUCCAGGAGGCGGACUCGCCGCUCUCGGCAGCCCGCACCCCGGCGCGGGGCGAGCCGCCGCCGCUGGAAGAGGAGGAGAUGGAGCCGGCGGUGUCCGCGCUGCCCGGGGAUGAGGAGGACUCAUGGGAGGAGGAGGGCUUCGGCUCGUCCCCGGUCAAAUCGCCCGGAGCCUACUUCAUGGCCGGCUCGCCCUCGCCGCCCCUCAAGGGCCGCCGGUGUUGCGGGGAGUCGCCGACGCAUUUCACUGUAGGCGGGUACCGGGUCCGCAGCGAGGAGCCCCGCUCCCCCCUGCCCGAGUGCCCCGGCACCCCGCCCCACAAGACUUUCCGCAAGCUGCGCCUCUUCGACACACCGCACACGCCCAAGAGUUUGCUUUCCAAAGCUCAAGGAAUGGGCUCCAGUUCAGUUAAACUCCGUGUAGGAUCCCUCUUCAUGAAUGUUGGGAAGUCAGAAAAGCGGGAUGCUGUUAUGAGACGGACACCACAUGUGAACAUUAAUCCCUUUACUCCAGACUCGCUGUUCCUUCAGACUUCAUCUGGACAGUGUCGUAGAAGAAAGAGAACGCAUUGGAAUGACUCUUGUGGGGAGGACAUGGAAGCGAGUGACGGAGAGCUUGAAGAUGAAACUAUCAGACCUGCCAAGCGGAUCACAAUAACAGAAAGUAAUAUGAAGUCGCGGUAUGAAACAGAAUUUCAUGAAUUGGAGAAGAUUGGGUCUGGAGAAUUUGGUUCCGUGUUUAAAUGUGUAAAAAGGCUUGAUGGCUGUAUCUAUGCUAUAAAACGGUCCAAGAAGCCCUUAGCUGGCUCAGUUGAUGAGCAGAAUGCUUUAAGAGAGGUCUAUGCACAUGCAGUUUUGGGGCAGCAUUCUCAUGUAGUCAGAUACUACUCUGCCUGGGCAGAAGAUGAUCACAUGCUUAUACAGAAUGAGUAUUGUAAUGGUGGCAGUUUGGCUGAUGCCAUAAGUGAAAACUACAGAAAUAUGCGCUAUUUUACUGAACCCGAGCUGAAAGAUCUGUUACUACAAGUGGCUCGUGGCUUAAAGUAUAUUCAUUCAAUGUCACUGGUACACAUGGAUAUAAAGCCUAGUAAUAUCUUCAUAUCUAGGACAUCAGUUCCAAGUAUGAUGUCAGAGGAAGGUGAUGAUGAUGACUGGUCUUCUGACAAAGUUGUAUUUAAAAUAGGUGAUCUUGGCCAUGUAACUAGAGUAUCUAGUCCACAAGUAGAGGAAGGAGAUAGCCGUUUUCUUGCAAAUGAAGUUUUACAAGAGAACUAUACUCACUUGCCGAAAGCUGAUAUUUUUGCUCUUGCUCUAACUGUUGUGUGUGCUGCUGGUGCUGAACCACUUCCAACUAAUGGAGACCAAUGGCAUGAAAUUCGACAAGGAAAACUGCCUAGAAUACCACAAGUUCUUUCUCAAGAAUUAUUGGAUUUAUUAAAAUCCAGAUCCAGAGAGAAGACCUACAGCAGUGGCUCUGGGCAAGCAUUCAGUGCUGCUGUCUGCUGCCAAAAAGAGUGCAGAACAACUUCGUAUAGAGCUGAAUGCUGAGAAGUUCAAAAAUUCACUGUUGCAAAAAGAACUGAAGAAGGCACAAAUGGCAAAAGCUGCAGCAGAAGAGAGGGCACUGUUCACUGAUCGAAUGGCAACUAGAUCUACGACACAGAAUAGAACAUCUCGACUCAUCGGAAAGAAAAUGAACCGCUCAGUUAGUCUU